AUGAAGCCUGCCUGCAUGAUCUGUUGGAGCCGAGCGACAUUCUCUGCCAAGGCUCUGAAACAGACACGGCUCAUACCUCCAGAGAAGCAGAUCGAACGGACAAACCGACUUGCGCGUCACCGGACACAUAUCUUGAAGUCCGAAGACCAUGGGUUGGAGAUCCGAAGACGCUGUAGAUAUAUUGGAUUCUUCAUUCUUUCUGCUCGACGUCUCACUCACCGCCGAAACAAACAGUCGCAGGCCAAAGUGAGAUCUUCUGCUUCUCACACAUCCCACGAUGCUCAACUCUCGACUCUUGCUUGGAGCAGCAAUCGCGAGUUGAAGACAUCGACAUUCCACAGCAAUGCCGCUCAACGUGUCAGCCAUUACUUGAUCAAUCAAGAGUACAACUGCGAUGAUCAAUACAGCCAAGCCGACAACAAUGACUCUGUAGACCAGAACUACAAUGCCGCCAACUACAUCCCACAAUGCAACAGCUGCAUCCUACAAGACCCCAACUAUCUCAACAGCAACAAUAACCAUGCAUUCAACAAUCAUGGUUACAAUGGUAAGCAUCCGCCUUCUGAUCCUCUCCCUCCAGAAGUCCUGCAAUGGACGCAAACCUGUAACUUCCAGAACGGCGGCAUCGUUGGCGGCAACUUCUACCCAACGCCAACGUACAACGGCUACGUCAAUCCAACGGGCGUCUACGGCGAUGGAGGAAAUGGCUACGAAUUGGUCUACACCACCAUAUUCGACCAAAACGGCGACCCCCAAGUACUACGGGUCGUUCAAACCCCCGUGCCCACCGGCGGAGCAUACUACUACCCCGGCGACUACGGCUACAUGACCUCCUAUGACCAGUACGGCAACCCCCAGGUCAUCCAAACCGGAGGCGGAGGAGAAGGGAAUUACUAUCCCGGCAACGUCAUCGGAGGAAACUACGGAAACCCCAUCUCCGUCUCCUACACCACAACCACCGAAACCGAUCAAUUCGGCAACAGACAGACAUUCGUACGCAUUUCCAACCAUCCCUUCCAGACCCUUUCGCUGACUUUUUUUUUUUCCUUUCAGGUCACUCCAGUGAGUACGUACUAUGCGAGUUUGACGACGAGUUGGAGUACGACGCGGUCGACGGAUGCGUUUGGACAUACGCAGACGUAUAGCGGUUGCGACUGCUCGGGCGGCUGUUGUUGGGGCUGGGGCGGGGCUUUUGAUGGCUGCUUUGGCUUUGAUGUUGAUGUGAUGGUCGUAGUAGGACUUAAGUGCUUGUUGAUUGUAAUGGAUGAUGCAAACACAGAUGAAAAUGGGGAAAGUCAAAGUGGCAUACGAAACAAAAAAUGGCGAACCACAAUCAACAUGCUACAAUUUUCUCUUACGAGAAUAUCAAGAGAUCGCCUCCGGCACGUACGCCAUCAACAUGAUCGCUUGCCGUCUGGUUACGUUGUGCCCGUGAUCAUCAAUCAAUGCAAUAAUGUUCGUCCACCGCAAGAAGUGAAAUUCCGCACCGCCCUCUCUCGCCCGCUAAUUCGUCAUCUCCUGAACCCAGCCUGGAUCUCUGACUUUGAAAAGUCGAUUAUGACAUCUUUCUCUCCCUCCUGGUUCGGCGGGUAG